GGUGCAGGCGUAGCAACGCUCGCUGGUUACGCGCAGGUGAAGGUUUUCCGCUCAUUACGACUACGAUCCCUCACCGAUGCAAACUCAUUCAUUCUUCAUCUGAAUCGAGAGAAGAUAAAGCUCUGGCCCCUUCAACAAUGGCGAUUCCUGAUGAUGUCGCCUUCACGAUUCUGUCGAAACUGCCUCUGAAAUCCCUCAAGCGAUUCACACUGGUUCACAAAUCAUGGGCUGAUUUACUCGAAAUCCCUCAUUUCAUGAGCAAAUUCGUAUCCAAACAUCACUCUUAUCACGAUGAUACAUCUUUCCUUCUCUUACAGCAGCAGCCAUCAGAUUUCAUCCAUUAUCACGGUUCAUUGUAUCUGCUUUCAGGUGACAAAUUUGAGAAAACAGUCAAAUCAGAUUCGCUUCCAUAUCAAGAGCAUCGCAGAUUCCUUAGGGUUUCGGGUUCCGGUAUUCAUGGCAUUCGUUGUCUCCAUGAAGUACCAGACUAUAAGUAUGUAUUGUGGAACCCAGCUACUAAUGAAUUCAGAGUUACUCCUCCCAGCCCUCGAGAGUCUGUACCUUAUUAUGAUCCAUGUAUUACUACUCAUGGAUUUGGUUAUGAUCAUGUUACCGAUGACUUUAAGGUCAUUCGCCAUAUAACAUUUUAUCCGGAAUUUGAAAAAGAAGAUCAUAGGGAACCAGAUGAGGACGAAGAUGAUGAUUGGCAAGUUGAAGUUGAAGUUGAAAAUGAUCGGCAAGAUGAGUCGAUGAUACCAGACCAGUUUCCAUGUCCAACAUCACAGCCCUUCUGGGAAAUAUAUAGCCUAAGAAGCAACUCUUGGAGGAAACUGGAUACUGAUAUGCCUAUUAUCGGAAGUGGUUCCGGUAUGGGUUAUGACAUUUACACGAACGGAGUGUGUCAUUGGUUGGGUUUGAAUAAGUGUGGUUUAGAAAUAUAUUUGGGGUCAUUCAACUUUAGCAAUGAGAUAUUCUACACAACGCCCUUACCGUUAGAUCUGGCUGAUACAAGGAAGCAGAACUACUUGGCAGUGUUAAAUGAGUCCAUUGCAUUGAUAUCAAUACAUGAAGAAACAACAACUUUUCACAUAUGGAUUUUGGGUGAGCUCUGUGCAAAGGAAUCAUGGACUAAACUUUUCACUGUUGGACUUGGACCCUUGCAUGGCUUUGGGCUUCCUAUUGGAGUAGGGAAGAUGGGCGAUAUAUUCUUCAGAAAAGAAAAUGGUGAACUAGCCUUGUUCGAUUUAAGUACUCAUAUGCUCAAGGAGAUUGCUGCUACAGAGGUGUUAGAGUAUGAUCAGAUAAUAAUCUAUAAGGAAAGCAUUCUUCCGAUUGGAAGAACAGUUGCUGGCGAAGGGAUUGGAGAAGUCCGGGUUUCACCCGGAUGCCAUAGCUGAUCAGUUAAGUCGGUGGAGUUCAAUUUUUUGGUCCUUUUGUUUUGUGAUUUAAGAAGCUGAAGGCGAAGAUAUAUCUUUUAUGGAAUGUCGAUGCAAUGGCUGUGCAAAGAUUGAGCGAUUAGUUAAGGUUAUGAAAUCUCUCUUUUACUACUACUUUCUUAUUUGCCGUAGCAGAUGACUCAUUCACCUUUUGCAGUAUAUAUUGUGGAUAAUGUGUAUAGUAUCAGGGUCUUACAUGCUGACAUCUUGUUCCCAAAUUUUUGAAAAUACAAGAGCUACACGUUCUCAGUCAUGUUCUUUGAAAAGUAUAUGGCUCUAGUUUUAGUUUUUUAUUUUGGUGGUAAAUUUCCGCUAACCCAUAUCUUAGACCCUCUGGUCUUGAUAUGCCCCCAAUGGUUUACUUUUUCUUGUCUUCCCUACUGGAUAUGAAAUCAUAGUAUACUGGCAUAAUAUUCUACAUCAGUCCAUGUUGGAAGGACACUACUAAUAAGUAAUAACUGUUGCAUUUUAACUUCCAUGCUAAGGAGCUUUUCUUGAUAUAUUAUUGUGAACCAAAUCUUUAUAAUUUUUUACGAUACUUGGAAGAGAAGUUAUCUGGUUUCCAUCUUGUUGAUUGCAGGAAUUACCAUUCUCAACUAAACUUUUGCAUCUGUUUCCAUGUGGUUUUCAUUCUUAUUCUUCAAUUUACAAAAUAGAGUUACGUUUUUUCAUGUGUCAAUGAUUUUAUGGUAACAUUUGAUGCAUGUCCUGAAAUUCAGGUUCUGUAUACACCACAGGUGUAAUUUUUGUAUGAGGUUGUGUGGUGUCCCUGUCAUCAGAAGCUAUUAGGCUAUAUUAGCUAGUCCAAAGCUGGAGUCACAUGGCAUGCUGCAAAGUAUUGAUUAACAUUUAAUGCUUGUUGUCAUGUGACUUAAAGCUUAGUUAGUUAGUUUGGUCAUUGUUGUCUUCAAUUAAAAAUCUUUAAUUGUUUGGAUAUUGUUUGUCUUCAGUUGAAAUUUAACUAAGGAGCUGAUUUGAAAUGGCGAAAUGUUGCUUUUCAAAAGAACUAGCUCUUAUCAUAUGAAAAUCUAGGUUUUACAGUCAAGCAUCACCCUAAAGAUGUGUUGGGCAAAGGCAAAUAUGGUUUUUAUGUAGGCUAAAGAUGUGACAUGUAUCAGUCUCACCGUUUCUUCUUUCCUCACAGGCUCGGCUCUGCUUCUCUUUUCUGCCAUAGAAAUUGUUCGUCUUCUACUCCAUCCUCCCUCUCCAGCUUCUCUCUGUGUGCUAAACAGUGUCUCAUGUAAAUUUCUAGCUCUCCACUUCCUCAUACUCAAGCUUCUCAUUUUUUUUUAUUUCAUUGAUCAGAUGCAAAAUCUCUUUCUCUAGGUGUUAGAUCUGUUUCUCUUCUCUUUUGAUCAGGUAAGAUUUCUUGUUCUGGGUUUCUCUAUUUCUCAUCUGUGGAAAUAAAUUUUUUUCCUUAAUUUUGGAAUAAAUUAUGAAAAUUCUAUUGCUGACAUUCUAAUUUUUUUUUAUAUAAUUUUAGAUAACAAACUGUUCGAUGAAAUGUUAGAACGAUUGCUUUUGUGGUACUUUAAUCACAUUGUGUUCUGACGUAGUAUUUUGCUUAAUAGACUUUAUGAUUCACAUUACUGCAAUUUCUUUUUUGGUGAAUGCUACCAUACAAUAGUGAAAUAGGUUGUCUAUGGUGCAAGAGCUAGGUCGAUUGAAGUUUUAGAACAGAUAUUGUGGAAAUAUAUUAAGUUUACAUCUUUAAAUCUCAAUUUUGUUAUGUAGGUCGGAAAAUCCAGGAAGUCAAAAGGGUAAGAAAUGGUGCAUUAUGGAGGAAUUUUGCUUAGCCAAGAAAUUCUAGCUAAGCAAAAUUUUGGUAGCAACAAAUGAGUUUUGAAAGCAUCUGCUUGCUAAGCGAGUAGGGAUUUUCUUCGCAUGAAGUAAGAUAACUAUUGAGCGAGUUUUGUCUCGCUAAUUAAGCAAGUUGAGUUGGCCUUGGCUUCAUUUAAAAGCUGGAAAAUAGAAUUUUAAGCAACUUCUUGGCACUUCUACAUAUCUUAAUAAGUGAGAAACACCAAAGAGGCUUGGAGAUUGGAUCUUUGGUACAAAGGAGAGCUGGAAUUAUCCAUAAGGAAUCACAGAUUGUUCGGUUCUUCUUAGUUUUCUUCAUCCAAGUUUGUAAAGCUUCCAUGAAAAUAGAAAGUUAACUUAUCGCUUUUUGUUUGGAUUAAAUGUAAGUACUUGACUUUAUGUCAUUUUGA